GAGGGUUCGACGCGUCGCAAGCGCACAAAGAGCGUCGUUGCAGUUCGAUGAAUGGCAAAUACCACGGUGGUGAUGUGUUGACAAUGCCAUUGUGAGUGUUGUUUGCGAGAAAGGGUGGAUUGAGAGCCUUUUUUGUUUCAUUGUUGCUGCAGGUCGCGAUGUAAUUUGGUGAAGUUGUUACUGUGCCAUUGGGAUGUUGUAUUGUGGAUGUGCACUCGAAUAACCACCGUUACAAACCGACAUGGUACUUAUGACGACAUGAGAUCUCAUCUGUUUGGGACACUGCCAUGGAUAAAGCUUAUGUUGCUGCUUCUCGUUUCUUCGGCCACAGGCCAUGCGGAAACAAAAUCUCACACACGCCAUCCACACACCGGAAAUGCACAUCAUCGUUCAAUCCGAGCUGACAGUCGUACGAAUCUCAGCUACGAAUACAGCCCCAAUUCUCCCAAACCGGAGAUCAUCCAGAUGUACUCCAAACAGAAUGACAAGUUGAUGCUGGAGUGCGCGGUCAAUAUAAACUUUAGUACCAGCAUUUGGCUCAAAAACGGACAAAUUGUGCAAACUAUACUCAAGGACAACACUAAUAAUAAACGUGUUAUUGGACAUAGGUUCCUAGUGGACGCGAGCGGGAAUUUGUUUAUUGACAAUGUUAGAUUGGAGGAUGAUGGGAAGUGGCAGUGCGAGGCGGAGGAUGCGUUCGGAUUCGUCGUCACGGGAAGACCUAUACAGCUUACUAUCCUAGACUCCCCGAAGAAGGCGUAUCUCAUGAUCGACAACAGGAUUUUGGACCCCGGCAACCCCUUCAUUCCCGUGAAGGAGAACGCUGAACUCACAGUGUCCUGCGUUGUGGACGAGGGCAACCCCAAGCCCUCCCUGUCCUGGGAACUCAACUUGGGCUCGUUGGCUUUAUUGGAUGCCCCAGAGGUGCCUCUUGACGUUCUCAACAUCACCGAAACAAUUCGGGAUCAAAAAGUUGGUGCUAGGAACGACGCUAGGUUAGCGAGGGUGCAAAGAGCUCACCAUAAUGCUACUUUGACCUGUUACGUACACCACAUCGCGCUUGAACAGCCACUCAACGCUUCAGUUCUCUUGAAUGUCCAAUACACCCCCUCGUUUGCGAUAUCCCGCGAACCAGGUUUCGGUUUUCCCAUCCGAGAGGGAAUGCCUGUAUCUUUGAAAUGUGAUGUUGACGCCAACCCCAAAGCUUUGCCCAUCUGGCAGAAAGACGAUUCCAGCCCUCCAGUUCAACAAACACCGGAUGGCUUCUUGAACUUUACGGAAAUUCGCAGGGAGCACAGCGGCUGGUACAAAUGUAUUGCUCGCCACAGGCUAGGGAAGUUUUCCAGCAUUGGCUAUUUUCUCAACGUACGAUAUGACAUGGAAGUGACCCAAGAGCCGGAUUUUGACAUUGCUGAAUUGAGUUCCACCGGGAGACAAGUGGAAGUGGCCCUUGGCGGUGCAGUACAACUCGCUUGCCCUCCAGGCACGUCUGGCUGUUGGACUCGUGUAGAGGCAGGAAGUGGCCGACUCGAGCCCAUGGGAGCAUCGCAGGAAUUAAGGUUGGAUAAGGUCCUUUACCAAGAGGCCGGAGAAUACAGAUGUGUAUCUCCCAGUAGAGAUCUCACACGGAGGCUGGAUUCCCUUAGAAACGCUUUAUCCGUUCAACUAAUUGUAACAGGUCGACCUAUGGUAACUCCAAGUAACAAAACCAUCACAGCAGUUUACGGCCAACCGUUGACUCUGACAAUGGAAUUUUGUGCCAAUCCCCCCUAUAAUAAGGUCUUCUGGAUCACGAAAAAUAAAGUUUAUACUCCCGGAGACGCCGACAAAACUGUGAUUGCUUAUGGGAUUACCAAUUCCAGCGACCCCAACUGCCACCAAGCAGUCCUGUUCUUGACAAAAGUGACCACCUUGGAAAUUGGAGAGUACAAUUUCAUUGUGCGAUCACCAAGUGGCUUGGCAGAAGGAAAUUUUCACGUGAAUAUGACCUACGCCAGUGGCUAUAACGUUCAAGAUGUAAAAUCGGCUUGCGUCACACACAGUCAUUUUGCAGCAGUUUAUGUAAAUGUGAUUAUUUUGUUAUUAAUGAAUUGUUAUUCCCGACUGAAUUAGAUAUUAUCAGAUUACACCACACAGUAUAUUGUAAUGUAUACUUAAAUUUACACAAGAGAUUAUUUGGGGAAGAUAUUGUGAAAAUGAUUAUAUUCUAUACUUAGGCUCAAUAUUUUCCUUUAAAUAAUUUUUUAUAAAAGUCAUUUUUAAAUGUAUAGUUUUCUAUUGUUUGCAACAAGACAUGUAUAAAUUUGUUAAUAGACGGCGCUUAAGUGUAAAAAUUAAUUGUAAGGGUCUAAAUGACAUGAUAAUAAAAUAUUCGUCCA